GUUUUACGUCGUCACUUUAGUAACAAGCCUGGAGAAACUGGUAGGAAAACUUUAAUCUGACGUCGUUCUGCUUUGGUUUCAUAGUCUGAUCGGCAGGAACUACAUUUGAUUGAGGAACUUUUUCACAACAUUCUUCUUUUGGGAUGAAAUCUUCAUUCUGAGAUCAACCACCAGUGAGACACGGCGAGGAAGAGAUGGAGAAACCAGUACUCCAGACGCAGCCGUCCAUUUUGCCUUUCUUUGACUCGUCGCAUGCUUUCAACCUUCUGAGAGGAAUCCACGAGCUACGAGCCGAGCGGAAGUUUUUCGAUGUGACUUUGUGCGCUGAGGGCCGCGAGUUCCACUGCCACCGCACGGUGUUGGCUGCCGCCAGCACCUACUUCCGAGCCAUGUUCACCGGGACGUUAAAGGAGAGCGUGAUGGACAGGGUGGUUCUCCACGAGGUGUCUGCUGAGCUUUUAGGCUUACUGGUGGACUUCUGCUACACGGGGCGGGUCACGGUCACUCAGGAGAACGUAGACCUCCUGCUGAAGACGGCCGAUUUGUUUCAGUUCCCCUCGGUUAAAGAGGCCUGCUGUGCUUUUCUGGAGCAGCGUCUGGACGUGUCCAACUGUUUGGAGAUCCAAGACUUCGCUGAGGCCUACGCUUGCAGGGAGCUGGCUGCCAGCGCGCGCCGCUUUGUCCUCAAAAACAUAAUGGAGCUGGCCAAAGGGACAGACUUUGAGCGGUUGCCGUGGAAGCGCCUGCUGGAGUUUGUGUCUGACGACGAGCUUUGCGUGGACAAAGAGGAGACAGUCUAUCAAAUCGCUGUGCGGUGGGUAAAGACCGAUCUGCAGCGACGGCUGCACUAUUGGCCCGAACUCCUCCAGCAGGUCCGCCUCCCGUUCGUCCGAAGGUUCUUCCUUUUGGCCCACGUGGAAAGCGACCCGCUCGUCUACCUGUCGCCCACCUGCCUCCGCAUGGUGAACGAAGCCCGCAGCUUCCAGUCCUGCGAGUACGACCGCCACGACAGGCCGUGCCACCGCAUGCGGCCUCGGCCUUCGACGGGAUUGGCGGAAAUCCUGGUGGUGAUCGGAGGCUGCGACCAGGACUGCGAUGAGCUGGUCACAGUGGACUGUUACAACCCUCAGACGGGGCAGUGGCGCUACCUGGCUGAAUUCCCCGACCAUCUAGGAGGCGGUUACAGCAUAGCUGCCCUCGGAAACGACAUUUAUGUCACAGGUGGUUCUGAUGGCUCCCGCCUCUACGACGGCGUAUGGCGUUACAAGUCCAGCGUAAACGAGUGGACGGAGGUGUCUCCUAUGCUGAAGGCGCGCGAAUACCACAGCUCCUGCGUCCUGAAGGGCCAGCUGUACGUGGUGGCGUCGGACAGCACGGAGCGCUACGAUCAGGCUCUGGACUGCUGGGAGGCCUUGCCCGGGAUGCUGCAUCCCAUGGACAACUGCGCCACGACGGCGUGCAACGGCCGGCUGUACGCCAUCGGCUGCCUGACAAGCGAGGACACCAUGGCCAUCCAGAGCUACGACCCGGACACCAACCGCUGGACGUUGGUCAACUGUGGACAGCUGCCUCCCUGGGCCUUCACUCCAAAAACCGUGACGCUCAAUGGCCUCAUUUACUUUGUAAGGGAUGACUCAGCCGAUGUUGAUGUUUACAAUCCACAAAAGAACGAGUGGGACGAAAUUAGACCCAUGAACCAGGUUCACGUCGGAGGAAGCGCAGCAGUCCUGGGCGGGAAGCUCUUCGUAUCCGGGGGUUACGACGACACCUUCGAGCUGUCGGACGUGGUGGAGGCGUACGAUCCGGCCAUCCGCACCUGGACCGUGGCCGGGCGGCUCCCGCAGAAGACCUUCUGGCACGGCAGCGUCAGCAUCUUCCGCCAGUUCAUGCCUCUGGUGGCCAGCACGUUCGGACCCAUCGACGUGCCCGAGUCCAACGCCAUACACCUCCACCGACACCAGCGUCACCAGGCGCUCCACAACCUCAACAACAACCUGAACCAGAACCAGGACGUGAACCCAGCGCAUUGACGCCGGACAUGCGCGUUCGUUCACUGCGGUGUUUAGUUUACCUCAUUGCAUUGUUGUUUUUGGAAAAAUGCCGUAGACUCUGGAUUAGUUGGCUUUAAAGAGAAUUUUUAACGUAGCUCUGAGAGGAGGAAAGGAACCUUUUCUGGCAGAUGAACUACAGCAGUGAUGCAGUGAAAAAGUUAAAAGCACUUUAACUUUUUUGCUUUCAUAUUGUAUUUUCAUUUUGGUCAAAAUUGUCAUGUAUCAUGUUAGGAUUUAUUUUUUAAAAUGCUGAAAUACUUAGUUUUGCUACGUGUGUUUAUUUAUAUAUAUGAUUAGUUCCUCAUUGUUAGAGAUCACUAUGUGCAUCUGUUACAAACAUUUACAGCAUCUUGUUGUCAUUUGAUGCAUCUGGAGCAGU